GCUUUGUAACAAUUUAGGAUGUUGAAAAUCGAUUCCUGGUAUGAUGACUCCUAUCAUCCAUUUUCGAAAAACGGGAGACAUUUUCCUAUGCUCUGCUGUUUGGCAAAUUAAUUCGUGUGCGAUUUAGUGUUGAAACAUCUUGAGGACAAAUAACGUAUAUCCGAAAAAUACAAGAAAGCUGUUCUGUGUGUGUAGUUGCACAUAUUGGAGUGAUAAUUUUAAUAUUAGUUUUCGAGCAGAAAGUGGGCACCUAAAUUGGUUCCUUUCUGAUCGCAGCUGACAAAGGAUUGAAUCGGAGACUAAAAUCUAAAUAGUUCGCAGUGCGGCAGACAAAAUGGAUAAGCAGAGCGGUAGUGGUCACUGGAUGAAACGUCCCGAAACGAGCUUCGUACCAUUGCGGACACCUAAAGGCCUAUCUGUGGAUGCUCCCGUGUUCAUCCCAAAACAGCAGCAACCUCAGCCGACACAAUACAAUCCACCACACCACAACCCCCAGCACCGUUACAGAAGUGAUAACGGUAGUGGAGGAGGAGGAGGAGGAGGAGGAGGAGGAGGAGGUGGUGGUGGAACUUAUAAUAAUAUGAUACCGAACACUUCGCAUUAUCAGCAGCAACACGAUGUAGGCAAUGGGGCGUUGCUGAAUGGAACGGACUCUAUUGGUAAAUCGAAUCUCUCGGAUCGAAUGAAAAAUCUGCAGCUUAACAAUGCGGCGGUGCCUCAACAGCAAUCGCACGUGGGGCACAAUAGUUAUGGUGAUAACAAAGACAUACGCAAUUCCACACACUACAACCACCACCAGCAUCAUCCAAACCAGCAUUAUCCUCAACAUUCGCAGCAGCAACGUCUUCAGCAGCAACACCAUCAGCAACACCACCAGCAACAUCAUCAGCAACCGCAACAACAACAGAUGUCAAUGCAUCAGAACGCAGGUGGUCACUAUCCGUUUACGGUUGCUGGCAUGGGAUACUCUUCGACAGCGCUCAAUAAUCACCUGCACCAUCCGAUACUAGGGGGAAUGGCCACAGUGACCGGUGCUGGCGGGCCUGGCAUGAUACCGCACGAUAAUCGUGGCAAAAAUAGUUCCUCUGCGAUAAGGUCCAGACUACAAAAUGCCCAAAAUUCUCAAGCACACCACCAGCAGCAGCAUCACCAUCAACAACAACAUCAUCAUCAACAGCAACAACAUCAUCAUCAGCAGCAGUUGUUAUCACAGCAUAUGCGAGCUGGUCACAACGAUUACGGGGUGGAAGGUGAUUCUGAGCAGAUUUCGGAAAACGAGACACUAGCUCUAGAAUACCUCACGGAAGUGAUUGCUGAGCUGUAUGACAAUCCAGGCAUGUUCGAAAAUAUUCAACGCAAAUUGAAGGGCACUUUUGCCGAGUUCCGAAAUAAUCACUUUGUUCUGAGCAAUGCCGUGGAGCUGAUAUUCGAGCAGUCAAUAAAGGAACAAAACUUCCGCUACAUGGGUGCCCGUCUUUGUCACCUUUUGGACAGUCUCGAUGGAAGACCCGAAAGCGUACUGCGCCAAUUGCUGAGCAUGAAGAUGACUCACCAACAGACGGAACUGCAGGCUUUUAUGCAGAACGAGCAGAUCAAGGUGCGUGGAACUACUCUUUUUCUGGCUGAACUGUAUAUGCAAUUGAGGAAACCGCAAGACAAUAACAGUCAAAUUGCUAGCAGAAUAACAGGUGCCGCGAGAAUUCUACUUAGUAAGGAAGGUCCCGAAAACAUCAAGUGUGUUUGUCAAUGUUUAAAGUUAUGUGGAUUUGAACUAGAGAGAGACUGUCACAAUGAACUGAUGGAUAUCCUAAAUAUUUUGGGAAAUUCAGAAGGCUCAGUAGAUUGCUCAACUGGGCGUUUCAUACGAUCGGUUCUAGAAUUGCAGCAAAAAUCUUGGGGACGUAAUGAAGAAGUUGUACCCGUGGCUCUGCCGGCCAUGUCCGAAGCAAACGGUGAAGAAUUCACAGACAGUCCCGUGUUUUAUGGUCCAGAUGGGCAGGUUAUGACUGAAGAGGAGAAUGAUUUCCUCGAAACGGCAGCACCAGUUGUAUUUGAGGAUUACGAUGAUGACGGUGAUCCUGAUGAUCUGGUAGACGAUGACAACAUGGACAUUGAGAUCAAGAUGGCAUUUAAGGACUUUGUAGCGAGUUCGAAAAACCGGCAGCCGUACUAGUUGUUAGUGAUCGCGACUGUUAGCGUUCCGUUUUCCGCCGUCUCCCUUGGGCGGGAAGUUGAUCCCCAUUCCAGGCAUUUCAAACCAGUGUUUACAAGCGAAAACGACAGUAGCAAAAAAUCUUUAUUCAGAUCGAUAGUAUCGAACAUCCUAUUUUAAGAUAUCUAGGUUUAAGCCCAAAGUAAUACAAAAGAAAGGAAACUAUGAUGCGAAAAGUAAAGCUAACGCAAGUCGAAACCGCUCGCUAUAUACACAGAAAUUCAGUGUCGUCAUCAACGAAUGAAUUAAACUAUAAGCAAAAUGCACAAUUUGAUGAUUAACCAAUUCGACAAAACAGCAUGUGAAACUAGGUAGGAACUCUACUUAAAUAGAGAACAAGGAUUGAAUCAGGAGCAAGCCACUUCCAUCAUAAUUUGUCUUAGAUUUCUUUAUCAGUUAAUACUUAUUAUAGAACUAAAUCAUUGUGGGUUUGUCAUCGAAUGAGCGAAUUGUGAAAUAUAAAUUAUACAAUAAACCAUUGAAUCAUAAAGCUAAUGCUAUUUGUUUUGUCAUCUGAAUUAUAACGGGUUGGACCAGGCCCGUGCGCAGGAAUCAUCCAUGGGGGGGGUUUCAAGUGGGUGUCCAAAAGGCGAAAAGGCGCCUCAUCCACUAUAUUGACAAUGUAAAACGAAGUCUGACAGGCUCGUGCGUAGAAAUCAUUAAAGGGGGGGGGGGGGUGUCAUCCACAAUAUUGAAACUGUAAAAAAAUUCUGAAAACGUAGUAUGAAUUGUCAAGUUAUUUGCACUUUAAUAUAAUAAGUACUCCAUUGUUCAUGAAACUUAAUUUAAAAAAAAAAUCUUCAUGGGGGGGGUUAAAACCCCCAAACCCCCCCCCCCCCUGCGCACGGGCCUGGGUUGAACAUUUGUCAUGCCGAUGUUUUCUUAAACAUCGUUUUUAGCAAUACCAUCUUCAAACUAAGCUUGAAAGUUAGGACAGAUAGGGUACACAUUGCGGAAUUAUGACAAAUUUGUUCACAAACGUGCGUCUGAAAACAACAAAAAAUCACUCUAGAAAGAAAACAAACAGUUGCAAUGUUCACAAUGACAAAAACAGUGAUAAAAGCAUAAGAGAAAAAGUAAUAAAUUAUGUUUAUCAACAAGAA